GGAUUUUUCUGUUAGAGAAACUUUUUCAGUUGCACUCAGAGGCCGAUGCUGAGCUGCGGCCGCCGGGACGGGGGCAGGAGGGCCCCCCACCACUUGAAGCACCGACAUCUCCGGAGAUCCCACAACAGGACGGAGCACUGCGCUCCCCAUCUCCACGUCCCCUCCUUGCUGCCUUUGGAUAACGCACAGCUUCUUGCUUCCUCCCUGACCAGGUGUGAUGGAAAUGGGUGAAGUGUUCCUGCAGCUGUGCCAGGAGGUGGCCAGGCUGAGGGAGCUGUGCUCCAGGCAGAGUGAGCUGCUGCAGAAGCUGAGCGCCAGGAAGGGCCCCAUCGUGGACAUCCCCACGUCGCUGCCCAUCCAGUGCACGGAGGGCGCUUGGACAGAGGGAGGGGAGCAGCCAGCAGCCACCCCCCAGGUGCACCCCAAGGCCCCGCAGGGCUCUGCCCACCCUCUGGCCCCACCAAACGCUGACCACACACUGCCUGGUGCCAGUGGUUGGUACCCAGCAUGCAGUGACCUCGGGGCUGGGAGAGCCACCCUCCCAGGGGCUUUUGGCAGCAGCCAGGCGGGGAGGAAGGAGAAGAUGCUGGUAGACAUAUGGCUGGAGGACUGUAGGAUGGAUCCUACCACCAAUAGCCCCGAGGAAGAAGUGAGAGCUUGCCGCAGCCCUCAGGAAUUUGUGGCACCGAGCAGCGAGGCUGAGCACUCCUUCCUGACUAUCCUGGACCUCUACGAAGCCCCAGAAGCCCUUGAGGGGGAGGAUGCUCCCAGCGACAGCGCUCUGCCUGCUGCAGAAAAGGUGCCAGUGGAAAUCCGGGGACCUCUGAAGACCUCCUGGACGCCGGGAUGGAUGCUGGAGGACGCCGCGCUCGGACCGGGCGCAGCCGCGGCUGCUCAGAUGUGUGACAUUUGCCAGGCGACCUUCCCUGCGGACACCACAGCUCAGGCUGACUAUUUAAAGCACGUCUUAACCCAUAUGAAGUAGGGCUUUAGGACUUCGUGCUCAGGAAACCCACGUGUGUGCAACUGUGAGCAGCGCGAUGGGCUCCGGACCUUCAUGAGAUGCGGCUGCUGGGUCAGCCCGGGUUGCAGCCCCAUUCUGUGCCACCUGGGUCGGUUCCUACUGUGCUGCCUGGAGGCUCAGCCGGGGUUCUGGGUGUGUUUCAGCUCAUUGAGCUUCAUGGAUAUCAAAACUGCUUCUGUGCUGAGCUCCAGAUGUGCGUGGGAGGUUUGGGGAGCUGCAGCUUAAUGGGAAAUGGACGUUUUUCCAAAGCUCUCCGUAACUGGAAAAUGCUGAAAUGUUGUUCGUUUGUUUGUUUGUUUGUUUUCCUUGAAUAGAGAGAGGCAUUUGAAAGCUGCAUUGUUGCUUUUUCCAAGAACACAGGAGAGGGGAUCACCACGUUUUCGUGGCACUAAGUCUGAACUUGCCUUUGGAGAGAGCUCUAGCGCUGCAUGCACGGUGCCACCCGCCCUGCAGCAAUGUAAGGCUCCCAUCCCAUCACUGUGAGGGACAGAACUGAGACCCCUCCUCGCUCCUCAUUAAAACCUCAUCAGCUCCAGCUCGUUAGCUCCUGGGAGUUUAACUGACGGUGGGAGGAAGCAGCUGAGAGCCCAUAGGUGUGGGGUGGGAUGAUGGGUGUAGGGAAGAGUGGAGCAGGAAGGAUUUCCUGCAGUGCAGCAAUGAGGUGGGCACAGGGGGUGUUAUUCCGCUCUAUCCCUUCUAUCUGGGGUGCCAUCUGCAAACCCAGAAUGAAGACUGCACUCUUCCAUUAACAGCGCAUGUAACGUUGCUAUUCUAUAAUGUUUUCUCUCAGUACGUAUCCAUGCGCUUUGCAAAGGAAUUCACCUGCAAAGCUGAGGAAGCAGAUGGGUAAAAUGCUGAUUAGCUCUAAAUCAUUGUGUUUUGUUUUUCCUUUCCUUUGGAAAAGCCUUAUCUCAGACCUUUAUGCUUAACAAGUAGCUCUGAAACAGAUCUGGCAUCGCAUCUUUGAGGCAACUUGCAUUUAAAUCAACGUCCGACGCCUCUGCUUCCAUGGAUCAAGAUUAAUUCCCGUCUCCAGCUCCAGAAUCUCAUCUUUAGCAGCACAGAUAACAGCAAUGACUCGAGGCUCUUCCCAGAAGCAUAACUGCAUUAUGAGGCGGCGGAGCUGAUGACGAACAUCUGUGCACCCUGAGGAACUCGUCCUUCAGACGGGCAGGGACUGACAUGCGUGGGGCAGCACCGGGUCCUGGCAGUUUGGGAUUUACAGACCUGGGGGUUUGCAGUCACUUUUCAGGGGACCAUUUUCCUGGAUGGAGCCCUCAGCUCUCUCAGAGCCACAGCUCCGGGCUGAGUUCCUUCCAUGCAGAUUCUGGAGCUGCUCCUCGCCCUGAGCGUGACCAAGACCUUAACUUGCUGGGGGUCAAAGUGGGGGUUCUCACAUCACGGUGCAGCCUCCCCAUUGGCAUCUCCAACAGCUCCAAGCUGCCUCCUGUGGCUCCCUGAUGGUGGCAUCAUUGUGUGGUGUUUUGUGCCCCUCUGUAGGGCCUGGAUGAAAAUAUCAGUCCGCAGCUUGCAGAGUUACUAGAAGCACCGGCUCUAACAGCACUCUGCAUCAAGAAGGGCUAUAAAUUCAUUUGGCAUAAAAUUGUAACAGCCAUCCAGAAUUUGCCAGAAGGAAGAAAACCAACCCAGUUCCUCCUGCUCUGAGAGCAAGUCCAAUAAAUUUAAUUUAAAAACUGUGA